AUGUUAUAGUCAACUGUUGAUGAAAUUAAGAAUAAUCUUUUGUACGUGUUGGAUGAGGUCGUACAUUCACGUCAAUAUCUCAAUAAACACUUCUAAAAUUCCAUGAAUAACUAUUUCCUUGAAAAUUAUGCCACUCUCCCUUGCUUAAAGAAGAGAUUUGAUACCUAAAGUGGCCGUCAAGUCAGAAAAGAAAUUUUUGAGAAGUACAAUUAAAUCUAAGAAACUGAAGGUAAAGUCGAUGGUAAUCUUAAGUGUUUUUUAAUAAUGCGCGGAUUUAUUGAAGAGCAUAAAAUCAACAAUUCUUUGAAUGAUUAUCGCUAGUCUCUUAUGUACCUUGUUAGUGCUACUGGUUUAGACGCUAGUAUAAAACACGGAUCUGCUGAGUGGAUCUCUUUGCAAUGGCGUCGUUUAUUCGCACUGAUGGUUUUACAUCAUACAUACUACCCAGAAGUAUAAGGCGUUUACGAACUUUGGUAUCAUGUUUUUGAUGAGCGCUUAAUCGCUCGUGAACGUCAAAAAAAGAAGAAAGAAGAAGUCGUUUAUAAGAAAGGAAAGUCUCCUUAUAUUAUUUCUAGCAAACAAGAAGAAGACGAAGAGUCUACUUCUCCUUUAAUAAAAGAAGCAGGAAUAAUCUCAGCUGCUGCAACAAGAAGCAAAGAGGGAUCUCUAUCUAGUAUAGCAACAAAUGAUGAAUAGCUUACACAAAGCACAAUAAAUUCACCUAAAACUCCUCGCUCACUUAUAAAUAUAGGCAAUAAGAGAGAUUCGAAGAGAGUUCAACAAUCUAAAAAGAGUCAAGUUAAGGUAGAAUAGCAAUCAGGAAGUGAACAUGGAGAGGAUGAAGAACCUGCUAUUUCUAAGAAGAGAUUUACUUAGGAGACAAUUAUUCUUAUGAAAGAUCGCAGUAAUUCAGAUAUAGAGCUUAAGUAGAGCAAUUCCACUACUGUCUUAAUAAAAAGCUCUUCUGAAAUUUUAAAUUAAAAUUUGGGAAAUGAGUAAACGUAAGCUUAUGAAUAGAAUAGUCAAAAUGUUGAAUUGAAUUAAUAAAAAAAUCAUCAAUAGGAUAUUUAAGUAUUUACUGGAUAAUAAAUAUAGCAAUAAUCAUAAAUUGCUAACAAUAACUUAAUCUAAGCAACUUUCAAUAGUGAAAUGCCAAAUAAGAUGAAUUCCUAACAUAGUGAUAAUCAAGUCAAUUUUGAAAAUAAAUAAUAAUCAAAUGAUUACAUAAACUCCUAUGCAAAUUAAAACUAGGAAAGUGUUCUUCAUUAAUAAUACUAUGACAAUUAAAUUUAAUAGAAUUAUCCACAAUAAAUAAGCUGUUCAUAAUAAUACACUUCGAAUCAUCACUUACAAAACUAAAUAGAUUCGAACCAGCCUUAAUAGGUGAAGGAAUUCGAUUAACUCGCAUAACCUUCAAGUUCUUACUUAAUUGAAAGGUAAUAGAGCUGCAAUGGAUAUUUUGGAGAAGAAACGUAUACUCCUUAUAAUCAAGCUUAUUACAACACAUAUGGGUAAUUUAAAAAUAACCUAAGCUCAGAAUUUCAUCAAAAUGAUUACUAUUUAAACUGUAACCAGGAAAACUAUGCAAAUUAUUAAUUUGAAGCAUACAAUAAUGAAGAAUUAAAUAAACUUAAAUUUGAUUCUCAAGCACAUCAUUAUACUAGCUAAAAUUUAGACAGAUAAAGGAGUAACUAAAUGCAAUUCAAGUGUGAUCCUAAUAUUCAACACCAUCAGUCAUAAUAGUAGUAGUAUUAAUAAUAUGAUAAUAAUCGUUGCAUUUCUAAUAAUUAUAUUAACGCACCUGUCAAUUAUCAAAUAUAAUAAUAAAUAUAGUAAUAAUAAACAAAUACUCCCCACAUUAGAGCAAAAUAAAAUUUCUAAUAAUCUUAACAAAGCUACCCACUUCAAAACUGUAAUCAAGUAAAUUUUGAUUAUCCUCCAUAAGACUCAUCUUAUUCUUCUUAUUUAGAUCAUUAAUCUGAUAACUAAUACAGCUCAUCUACUCCUAGCUCAAUCAGCUAAUCUGCUUCUUAUUCUAACUCUCCAACAUAUCACAAUGAGUAAUAACAACAGCUUUAUCAGUAUAAUUAUUUCAACUAAAAGUAUACUAACUAUGAUUAAUACGAUUAAAACUAACUCUAACAUUAAAACUAUCAAUACUAACACCAAUAACUUUACGAUCAAUUUUGA